UACUGCUUCAACCUACCUAUACAAAAAUGGACAUUCUGGCUAUGUCAUUCUGUGUAAAAAGCAGUCACAGUCACCUGUCGGUGUCUCUAAAGUGUCAGCACCUACUUGGAUUUGAGGAGGAAAAGCAAGCCUCAGCAUUCAUACCACCAGCCUUGACACCUAAUCAGUCCUUCCAACUGCGCGAUUUGCCAGGGUCUCAGCUACACUUGCUCUGCCAAGCACUGUGUAAUCCAUACUGUAAAAUCAAAGACUUGAAAAUGAUUUUCUGCCACCUCACAGCUUCUUGUAGUAGGGACCUCUCUUUAGUAUUAGAAACCAACCAGUAUCUGAUAGAUUUGGAAUUUGUAAAACAUACCCCGGAAGAUUCAGAAGUGAAGCUUCUGUGUGAAGGAUUAAAACAGCCAAACUGUAUCUUACAGACAUUGAGGUUGUUUGUUAGCUUUCUCCCUGAAAGCUCAGAGGCUGUCUGCAAGUAUCUUGCCUCUGUUCUCAUUUGUAAUCCAAACCUCACUGAGCUGGACCUAAGUAAAAAUCCCCUGGGGGACACUGGGGUGAAGUAUCUUUGUGAGGGUCUCAGACAUUCAAACUGCAAAGUGGAGAAACUAGAAUUGUGGACCUGUAACCUGACGAGAGAGUGUUGUCAGGAUUUGUGCAAUGCACUCUAUGCCAAUGAACACCUGAGAGACCUUGACCCCAGUGACAAUGCCUUAGGGGAUGAGGGCAUGCAGGUGCUGUGUGAAGGGUUGAAACAGCCUUUCUGCAAACUACAGACCUUGUGCAUUGACAUGGAUCAUUUACAUGAAGAAACAUUCAGAGAAAUUGAAGCUUUAAAAGUGAGCAAGCCUGGAAUCACCUGGUAGUUUCCUAGGAGAGCCCCCAAAUCAGAUGCAUAUAGACCCCCUCCAUCUGAUGCUAUCUUUAACAAUUGUUCAGUAUUCUUGUUUUAAACCUGUUAACCUUUGCUGAGGAUGCUAGUGUGAAAUAAGCAGCAGUGCUUCCUAUUUCUUAUGUAGAACCAUCCACUAAGUAGUAUAUAAAAGUCAGAAAAACCUUAGCUCAAAUGUCUUCAGCACUAAUACCUUACAUUCAUAUAUUAUAUUACAAUGUUUACUAUGUUUUCACAAAAACCCUGGAAGCUCAGAUGAAACUCAGAGAGGAUGUGACUAGCUUCAGGUCACACAGCUCAUUAGUGGGGGAGUUGGGACUGGAAUAUCCAUGUUUCCAAAUAUCCAGACCAGGGAGGAAAACAAUAGAAAAAGACAUGAAUGAGUCCACUUAAAGAAACAUGACACUCGAAAUGAAUAAAGGACAAGAGGAUAUACAAACACAUGUUAUAUCUUAUGGUGCUGAUUUUAAAUAAAACUGUAAUUCGCAAAGGAAAGAGGGAAGAAUGAGUUCAUAGAGAAAGGCUUUAUGGAAGUUAGAUAUGAUAUGGGCCUUGAGAAUCAGUAGGAUUGACAUGAGGGAGAUACACUGGCCAGUUGCUGUAAGACUGCAGGCAAUAGGGCCGUGUUUGUGAGAAGCUCACCAAAGCCACCUAGGGAGAGAGAAAUGUUUGCAUUAGAGUUUCUUGAGCUGCCAUAGUAUCCAUAUCUUAGGUUCCUGAGGGUGCUUUCCAGGUCCCAGGCUCAACUCCCUUUUCUGAACUUUUAAUACCUCCCCUAUGUGUUCGUUCUUGUUCAUGGACUCCUCUAUGAUCAAGCCACUCCUCAUCUCUGACGUCAUGUUUUGUAGCUUAGCAUGGAUCCUGCACAACCUCAUGUUUCUAUCUCUGCCUAGCUUGCACAAAAACACUAGAUAAGACAAGUAGAGAAAAGGAAUGCCAGGCAAGUAAAAUAGCACAAAGUUCAUGAAAUAGGAGAGAAUGUGUUGUGGGAUUGACAGAAAAGUAGGCUUACCUGAUUAAACUGUAGUCGUCUCCGGAAGCUACUUGACUAGCUGUGUGACCCUGAUUGAGUCACUUGGAUUCUUGGAGCCUCAGUUUUCUCAGGUAUAAAAUGGCAUUAACCUUGCAAGGCUGUUGUUUCCAAAGCGGUGCCUACCCCACAGUGGGUACAAAUUAAUGGUAGCUGUUUAUAUGAGUGUGUACCUGUAAUAUAACCUAGCUGUGUAGUCUUUGAGCUGCCACAUUUUUUUGCUGUGUAGUUAGUAUGAAAUGCGCAUUUGAACUAAGUGUGUGUGCUGGAAGCAGUGACUCUAGUUGAGGAAGAGACACAGAGUGGGAAGUUAUUGCAAGUAAGAGGUCCAGUUUCUCCAUGUCUUUAUUAUCAUGAGUUGUUCCCUACUACCCUGGGAGAUAACUCUUAAGCAGGAGACCAAGCCUAGCAUGAGAAGAAUGGUCAAGAUAGCAGUUUGUUUCCAGUUUUCUCAAGUUCUUCUUCUCUUUAGUUAUUUAACCCUUACUUAUUGAGCAUUUAUUAUGUGCUGGGUUUUAUGCUAAAUGUUGGCCUUACAGAGAUGAAUAUACUUUUUCCUAUGCAUUUCUCUUACCAUGUUCUCUGACUGCCCUGGUUCCUCUAUCAGUCUAAUAAACAUCUGAUAAAACUCAGUCACAUUAAGAACUCAAAAAUAUAAUGUUAAAUGAAAAAUUGCUGAACUGUAUGUGUAUAUCCAGUUUGUAUUCAAAAGAUAAAUAUACAUGUGUAUGUUUGUGUUCAGAAUAUGUAUGGAAGGAUAUAUACACAGUUGGUAAAUGGGAGUUAACGCUGGCAAGAGGAAUUUUGCAAGCAAGAGCAGUGGGAGAAGAAGAAAGGAACUUCUCAUUUUCAUCUAUAGCCCUCUAUUCUACUUGAUGUUUUAACAUGUGCAUGUAUUACUUUUAUAAUUAAUAAACUUGAUGUUAAAAAAUAAAAUCAUUUAUACUGGGAA